AUGCAUGGUUUAGGGUUUGAUGUUGUUAGUGAUGAUUUUAAGGUGGUUGCUCUUAGUGAAGGUAAGAGUGUUACUUGUGUGUAUAUGUACUCAGUGAGAAAGGGUCUUUGGGAGAAACUUGAGAAUUCUCCUUAUGAUCAUUCACUUAGUGACCAUGUUUCUGGGGUUUUGGUUAAUGGGGCUUUGCAUUGGUUGGCUUGUACAACUUUUGAAUAUUCAACCGCAAUUACUGCUUUUGAUUUAAGUGCUGAUAAAUUCUUGAGUUUACCCCGAGACAUAAACACAGUUACAUUUUGGAUCAUGAAAGAGUAUGGGGUUAAGGAGUUUUGGACCAAAUUUGAGAUUAGAGAACGGAGUUUGGAUGAUUCUCUUAGUACGCUAUUGUGUUCCAUUACUGAUGAUGAUGAUGUUUUAUUGGAAGUCGACGAAGAAUGGGUUGUCUAUAAUCUUAAAGAGAAUCGGCUUAAGGAUCUAUUGAUUAAUGUAAAUCCUGUUACGUAUGAAGCUCGAACUUUUGUGGAUAGCCUUGUCUCUCCUUAA